AUGCCCCUGAAAUCAGAAUUAACUAUAAAUGUAGAACCCAAGACUACCAAUCAAGUCCCUGCAUGCUGCUCAGCUCGCUACAAUCUAGCACUACUGGCCUUUUUUGGGUUCUUCCUCCUGUACGCGUUACGUGUGAACCUAAGUGUUGCUCUGGUGGAUAUGAUAGAACCUAACACAAGCUUAGCAAAGAAUACGACUUCCAAUGUGUGUCCAGAGCAUUCCUCCACCAUAAAUGUUCCUCGCAACACAACGGGGGAAAAGUAUUCUUGGGAUGCUGAUACUCAGGGAUGGAUCCUUGGUUCUUUUUUCUAUGGCUAUAUCAUUACUCAGAUUCCAGGAGGAUAUCUUGCAAGCAAAAUUGGAGGGAAGCUGUUACUGGGGUUUGGCAUCUUUGGUACCUCUGUAUUCACCUUGCUUACUCCCUUAGCUGCAAAUUUGGGAGUUGGCUAUCUCAUAGCUGUCAGAGCCUUGGAAGGACUGGGAGAGGGUGUUACCUUCCCAGCUAUGCAUUCAAUGUGGUCUUCUUGGGCUCCUCCACUGGAACGCAGCAAGCUCCUUAGUAUUUCAUAUGCAGGUGCACAGCUGGGGACUGUUGUCUCUCUGCCACUGUCUGGUUUAAUUUGCUACUAUAUGAACUGGGUUUAUGUGUUUUACAUAUUUGGUGCACUUGGCGUAUUAUGGUUCUUCUUCUGGAUGUGGUUGGCUAGUGAUACACCAGAAACUCACAGAAGCAUUUCACGUGCUGAAAGAGAAUAUAUACUCUCUUCUCUAAAAGAUCAGCUUUCUACACAGAAAUCUGUUCCCUGGAGACCUAUGCUGGAAUCCCUUCCACUCUGGGCUAUCGUUGUGGCACACUUCUCUUAUAAUUGGACUUUCUAUACACUUCUUACGCUCUUGCCCACAUACAUGAAGGAGAUCCUGCGGUUUGAUGCACAGGAGAAUGGUUUUUUAUCUGCCCUACCUUAUUUUGGCUGCUGGUUAUGUAUAAUUGUUUCUGGGCAAAUUGCUGAUUAUUUACGGGAAAAACAGAACUUGUCCACUGUUUGUGUUCGCAAAUGUUUUACCCUAAUAGGAAUGAUUGGACCUGCAGUGUUCUUAGUAGCAGCUGGAUUCAUAGGCUGCAACUAUGCACUGGCUGUUGCAUUCGUGACCAUAUCAACAACACUAGGAGGAUUUUGUACGUCUGGGUACAGCAUCAAUCAUCUGGACAUAGCACCUUCGUAUGCUGGAAUUCUCCUUGGGAUCACAAAUUCUUUUGCUACUAUCCCAGGAAUGGUUGGGCCAGUUAUUGCCAAGAACCUCACUCAUAAUAAUACUGUGGGAGAAUGGCAGACUGUUUUCUAUAUUGCUGCUUCUAUUAAUCUAUUUGGAGCAAUUUUCUUUGCAUUAUUUGCAAGUGGAGAAGUUCAGGACUGGGCAGUCAGUGGAUAUCACUUGCAUAGAAACUGAAGGAGAUGUUGAAAUACCAAAGCUGUGCUGAAUCCCAACGUGCUAGAAUUAUGUGACCGGAAAAGUGCCUUCCCUACUGAUGCCUAGGAGUCUUCAGACCUUUUUAGUUAGACUAUUUUAUCUGUAUAUCUUUUGUACUGAAAAUCGUUUGACAGCAUGUGUGUUAUUUCCUAACAAGAAACUACUUGGAUUAAAUAUAAUAGUUUCAUGCUAGGACUUGAUAUCGAAUAUAUGAUCAGAGACAACAUUUUAAAUCAGUGUGCUAGGCUCCAAUUCUUUCCAGUUUUUAAUUAAUAUUUUCUGAAUUAAUAUGUAGGCAGAUAUUCGUCAAUACUGAAAUGAGAGGAAAAAGCGAAGUGAUUAUGUAGCACUGUAAGGAGGA